CAGCGUAAUUUUCAUUUAUUUUUCAACUAGGUCUAAUUAAGGAACGGAAAAGACAGUUUUACCCUUGUAUCUAGUUCUCCUUCUCCGAUUAUCCACAGACUCGGCGGCAGCGCCCCAAAAUUCCUCCGUCUCUCUUAGUUUCUCUCCUCCGCCGUCUUUCUAUCUUUCUCUACUAAUUCGUUUCUCCUCUCUUUCACCCGCUCUUUACAGAACUUCAGCGGCUUCCUCGCUCCAUCGCAAGAAACUUAAAACCGACUGAGUUUGAUUUCAUCUUAUCGUCUUCUUCUCCUUUAUAAUAUUUCGAAACCACCGGAGAAAAGACCAUGGAGAUAGACAGAGAUGAUGGUCGUACCCCUAACCAGUUGAGACCACUUGCUUGUUCUUGCAACGUUCUUAAUCGUGCUCAUGGCUCCGCCAGUUGGUCCCAAGGUGAUACGAAGGUUCUUGCUGCUGUCUAUGGACCUAAAGCUGGAACGAAGAAGAAUGAAAAUCCUGAGAAGGCUUCAAUUGAGGUUAUAUGGAAACCUAAGACAGGGCAAAUUGGAAAACUGGAAAGGGAGUGUGAGAUGAUAUUAAAGCGGACAUUGCAGAGUAUUUGCAUAUUAACUACUAAUCCCAAUACCACCACAUCUAUUAUUGUUCAGGUUAUUCAUGAUGAUGGAGCUCUUCUUCCUUGUGCUAUUAACGCAUCAUGUGCUGCCCUUGUAGAUGCCGGAAUUCCUUUAAAGCAUCUUGCUGUUGCGAUUUCGUGUUGUUUGUCUGAGAAUGGAUAUGUUAUUUUGGAUCCAACCAAGAUAGAGGAGGAGAAAAUGAAGGCCUCUGUGCAUUUGGUCUUCCCAAAUGCACCUGUCUCAGUAGUUCCUGAAGGAUCUACACAAGGUGUAGGUGAACCACUGGAGCAUGGAAUAAUCACAUCUGUAACUCAGGGUGCAAUGUCAGUGGACGAUUAUAUUCACUGCCUGGAACGGGGGCGUGCUGCUACUACAAAAAUGUCUGCUUUUCUGAGGAGAAGUUUGCAGCCCCAACUCCCAAUGAAUUCCUCAAAAGCUGGCUGAUUGGAUUCAAGUUCUUCUACAACAAAAUCAGGCUGGGAAGGUACCGUUUAUUGUAUGAAUUAUGUUUUUGCAACGUCAAAUCCAUGCUAGUUUAGUCUUUAACGGCUUUUUGUAUGCCAGAGCUGUAACAGAGCAUCGUUCAAAGUGGAUUUGGUUGGUGCAUUGUACGUUUAUAAACAUGCUCUUAGCAUUUAGAAAUUUUGGAAUGACUUGUGUAAACAUGCU